AUGCAGCAGCUGGCAGCCCCACUCCCUCUGCAGGCUGCACUGCAGGACUGCAGGGUGAGGUCAGCAGCUGCAGAACUGGGUUUGCCCUACAGUCACAGCCCAAGCGCCACUGUUAACAUAACUUGUAAGGAUUUUCCCCAUCUGUAUGUUAAAGCUGGACUGAGUGAAAGUGUCGUUUGGCACAGCACGAGCUCCACUGAGAUGCUUAACCAGGCCUCGUUUUCUCUCCCUCUCUGUAGUGACUUAAAGGGAGUGAUAGUGACUCUCAGCGACGAUGGCCACUUGCAGUGCUCCUACUUGGGGACAGACCCUGCCCUGUUCCAGGCUCCAAAAGUCGAAUCGAGAGAACUAAACUAUGAGGACCUUGAUGUAGAGCUGAAAGAGCUUCAGAAAAUCAUCAAAGAUGUUAAAUCACAAGGUGUUUGGCCGAUGACUGAGAGAGAAGAUGACUUAAAAGUUUCUGCCGCAGUUUCUCCAAACUUUGAUUCAGUGUCUCAGGCCACUGAUGCUGAUGUCGGAACCGACCUUGUCCCUUCCAUCACAGUGAAGGUUACACUGCAGAGCCAAAUGGCUUUGCAGAAAGCCAAAUUGUCAGUCUAUGUGCAGCCACCACUAGCACUGACUUGUGAUCACUUCAGCUUUGACUUCAUGGCUCCAGAGACGACUAGCACAGUCGCCUUUUCAGUGUAUCUCAAAAGAAGUUAUGCACCAUCUGAAUUGGAAGGAAAUGCUGUUGUUUCUUAUUUCCGACCCACAGAUCGAAAUCCUGAUGGCAUUCCUCGAGUUAUCCAGUGUAAAUUUAGACUCCCUCUGAAGUUAAUCUAUCUACCUGGUCAGCCUUCAAAAACUGCAAGCCACAAACUAACCAUUGAUACCAACAAAUCUCCAGUCAGCCUUCUCAGUCUCUUUCCAGGUAGGACUUUUGAA